UCUCAUUCGUUCCCAGCAGGCCCUGCGCGCGGCAACAUGGCGGGGUCCAGGUGGAGGUCUUGAGGCUAUCAGAUCGGUAUGGCAUUGGCGUCCGGGCCCGCAAGGCGGGCGCUAGCUGGCUCCGGGCAGCUCGGCCUUGGGGGCUUCGGGGCCCCGAGACGCGGGGCGUAUGAGUGGGGCGUGCGCUCCACGCGGAAGCCGGAGCCUCCUCCGCUGGAUAGGGUGUACGAGAUUCCUGGACUGGAGCCCAUCACCUUUGCGGGGAAGAUGCACUUCGUGCCCUGGCUGGCGCGGCCGAUCUUUCCGCCCUGGGACCGCGGCUACAAGGACCCAAGGUUCUACCGCUCGCCCCCUCUUCACGAGCAUCCGCUGUACAAAGACCAGGCCUGCUAUAUCUUUCACCACCGUUGCCGCCUUCUCGAGGGUGUAAAGCAGGCCCUCUGGCUCACCAAGACCAAGUUAAUAGAAGGCCUUCCCGAGAAAGUGCUUAGCCUUGUUGAUGAUCCAAGGAACCACAUAGAGAACCAAGACGAGUGCGUUCUGAAUGUGAUCUCUCACGCCCGUCUCUGGCAGACCACUGAGGAAAUCCCCAAGAGAGAGACCUACUGCCCGGUCAUCGUGGACAACCUAAUACAGCUGUGUAAAUCUCAGAUUCUCAAGCAUCCUUCUCUGGCCAGGAGGAUCUGUGUCCAAAACUCCACGUUUUCUGCUACCUGGAACCGAGAGUCUCUUCUCCUUCAAGUCCGUGGUUCUGGUGGAGCCCGACUGAGCACUAAGGAUCCUCUGCCCACCAUCGCCUCCAGAGAGGAGGUUGAAGCUACUAAGAAUCAUGUUCUAGAGACCUUCUACCCCAUAUCACCCAUCAUCGAUCUUCAUGAAUGCAAUAUUUAUGAUGUGAAAAAUGACACAGGAUUCCAGGAAGGCUAUCCUUACCCCUAUCCCCAUACCCUAUACUUACUGGACAAAGCCAAUUUACGACCACACCGCCUUCAACCAGAUCAGCUGCGGGCCAAGAUGAUCCUGUUUGCUUUUGGCAGUGCCCUGGCUCAGGCCCGGCUCCUCUAUGGGAAUGAUGCCAAGGUCUUGGAGCAGCCCGUGGUGGUGCAGAGCGUGGGCACGGAUGGACGUGUCUUCCAUUUCCUGGUGUUUCAACUGAAUACCACAGACCUGGACUCUAACGAGGGUGUCAAGAAUUUGGCCUGGGUGGACUCAGACCAGCUCCUCUAUCAGCAUUUUUGGUGUCUCCCAGUGAUCAAAAAGAGAGUGGUUGUGAAAAAUAAAAGACAUUCCAGCGGACCAAAAUGUGUUUGCAAGACAAGAAAUGGAAAAUGGCUUUUAGACGGCCCCCAAAUAUUUAAAGUGAGAUGGAUACCUUCCCUCCCAACCCACCUUCCGCCAAGGCCAUCGCGACUCCACAAGAACACAGAAAUUGCAGGCCCAGGAAAAGAAGGCAGACGCCUCAAACACAAAACAUCUUGUUAUGCACCAGGAACAAAAACUGUGCCCAAGAAGUCACCUUGCAUUUUGUAAUCAGUGUAAUAAACUCCAACCCACAUUCCCCAAACAUGUCAGGAAGGGCUGCGGAAAAAAGAUGUCCCUUUAAUAAAACGUUAUCAACAUAUAUCGUACACAAACUACAAUGUAUCAUAAUUACUUUUUUUUCCUCUCUUAAUUCAGAACCAGACUACAAGGUAAGAAAAAACACAGAAACAGCUACAAUGUUCCCAAUAAUCCGCACAAAGUCUUUUUUCAGGCAGAUGAUAUCUCACAUAAUAUGAUAUACAUGGAUCAGAAAGGGAAGGAGUAAAACAAAGACCAGCUACAGGGGAGGGAGGAAGGAGAAGGGCAUGUCAAUGUACAAAGAAUUCGGGUGUCUUCCAGGGCAAGACACAAAGGUUUCCGUGGGGUGAUGAGGUGAGUGGGGCCAUGAGCACCCUCCUGGGAGGGGACAGGCUCCACUGUCGGGCUUGUUGGUUUUUGAAAGUAAAAACAGGACUGGAGCCAGCACGUCUGUUUGGUUGUCGGUGUCCCCCCACCCCCCACAGCUGCUCCAAAGUCUUUCCAUCCAGUCCCAAGCAUAUACAGAGCAAUUCUGAUCAGUAUCCCAUCUUUGAGAAAGGACGAAUAAAGAGAAAAAACAAAGAAAACCGGAACUCCAGCCCCCCAAGCCAGUGCACACGAUGACGCUGAUGCGAGGAUCUCGGGACCAGAACGUGGAGGUCACUGUUUCCAUGUCCCAGGUCAUAGCCAUCCUGUCAGUGGCAGCCUCUCCCACUCUGCGCCAGGCCACCACCCAGCUGGCAGGAUUCUCACUGGGAAGACUGGGGUGGGGGCAGAGGAGGGGCUGGAGAGGCAGGGAGGCCAGGACGGAAGGGAGGUCCAGGAGAGGAGGAGGAAGGUGUCCUGGGAACAGUGCAUGCCACCGGGUCAUGGCGACGGUCUGGGCUGUCGUGGAAUCCUGAAAGGGGUCAGUGGUCCGGCCCCUCUGGCCACAGGAUGAGGGUGCUGGGUUCUGGGGUCCAAGCGUGCCGCUGCUGUUGCCAUGGAAAUCAAGCUAGAACAAACACGUCCCCACUCCUCCCCUGCCUGUUGCACAAACCAAAACCCCAAGUGGAAAACGGUGACUGCCUUUUCUUCUUUCCAAAAAAGGCCUUUUGAAAGAAACCACCGAUUGUAAACUGUCCAGUUUAUUAUUAUUAUUAUUUUUGAUGGCUACAGACAAUGUGGGCUCUCACACCUAGACUAGCUUUUCUGGUGGAAGGGCUUGGGCACAGACAGACAGCAGGGCUUCUGGUUUUCUUUUUUUCCUUUUUCCUUUUUUUUUUUUUUUUUUAAGAAGAAA